AUGGAGGGAACGAUGAUCAAGGACCGAAAAUACUAUCUGUUAUUAGCCCUUGGUGCGGUGUUUGUCCUGGCGCUGGCAGUGGCUUGCGGUUCACAGCCCGCAGCCGAGCCUCAGGUCAUCGAGAAGAUAGUCGAAGUGGAGAAGGUGGUGGAGAAAGAAGUCCAGGUUCCGGUGGAGGUGGUGAAGGAAGUCGUAGUCGAGAAGAUAGUCGAAGUCGAGAAGGUGGUGACUAGAAUGGACAGGGAGGUCGUCAUCGCGACGCCUAGCCCGGCUGAGUCGCAUUUCUACAUGGCCGCCACUAGCCCAAAUGCCAAGCGCGGGGGGAUAGCCCGCAUCCAUCAGCACGGGCCCGCAGGUAGCUACGAUAUCUUUUCUUCGACGUCAAAUACCCGCCAGAAUUGGAUGAGCCUUGUAUAUGACCAGCUGUUGGUUAAGAGCGCUAGGGAUCCCUCCUCAGAGGUUGUUCCCGAUCUGGCCCACACCUGGGAGGUCUCGGACGAUUUUAUCGACAUACACUUUCUACCUCCGGGAGGGAGUGAAGUUCCACAACGGUUCCGACCUAACCUCAGAGGAUGUAAAGGCCACACGCCCAAUGACUACACCCUAGUAGUCACAAUACCUGAGUCCGACGUGAAACCGCUGCAGUGGACCAUGACGGGAUGGAGCUCGCAGUACCUCAAGAUCGCCGACGAUGCCGAACUCGCCAAAUAUAACGGACGCUUCCAUGAGGUGAGCCCCGUGGACUCCAGCGGCUCGGGGCCUUACAUUAUGACGGAAAUAAAUGAUGACAGAGUGCGCACGGAGGCCAACCCAACUACUGGAACCCAAAUGCUCCUUAUCUGGAUGGGAUUGACUUCAUCUGGGGUUGAUUGGUCCAUGUUCAUUACACCUGUCGAUAGCAACGAUCCGGACGGACCUCUCGCCACGCACCCGGGCCUUAAUCAUGGCUAUCACACAAUACCCGAUGCGGCCGGGAUUGGACUCAACAACGUAACUGGCCCACUUAGUGAUCCGCGAGUCCGUAAGGCGAUUGCGAUUGGUCUAGACGUAGAGCAAGUCCGCAAGGUUCUCUCACCGUACUUCCAAGCGGAGUAUCAUGGGGGAUUUUGGCCAUACAGCCCGGAAUUAGGUAAUUUUUCGUUAACUAAACCUCAGCUCGAUGAGAUGAAGUAUUUCAGAAGCCCGACACCGGAAGAUCUUGCCGAAGCCAGGCAGCUACUGGCCGAGGCAGGCUAUGCCAGUGGCGCAGACGUCCCGACUCUAACUAUCAUCACUAUGGAAGACCCAGGCUUUCUAUCUGCGGUCCAAGCCUACCAGGCUAUGUUGAAGGAGAACCUGGACAUUGAAUCACAGAUCGAAGUAAGCGAGAUGGGCAUAUACCAUCAGAAGUACCACGACAGGGAAUACGACAUUGGCGCUGAAAUGUAUUUCCCCAUGCACAAUCCCUACCCGGAGGAGUGGUUGCAGUACACCCUUGGAUAUGUUGAUGGAAAACCUGGCGGAAUGAAUAGGAGUGGGGCCAACAUGCCGGGGUUCGACGACCUGUUAUUGGAAUUGGGAAAUACCAAAACUAUGGAGGAACGGAUGGAAGUUUCAAAGAGAUUGUUUGAUCUCUUAUUGGACGAGAUGCCGCACCUUCCGAUGACCAUGGGCUACGUUAACCAUGAAUGGUGGUCGAAAGAUUUCAAAGGAUACCGGUGCGAUGAGUGCUCUUACACCGGAGCCUAUAUGGGCGGUAAGUGGGACUACGUCUGGUUGGAUAGGUAA